AUGGCCCCGAUCGCCGUCGACCAGCGAGCGCCCUCGCCCCUUCGUGUCAAGAGCACCGCGAAUCCCAAGGCGCUCUCCAACGCCAACGCCAACUACGAGUCGGAGCACUUCUCUGCAGGCGAGUUGGUCAGCGAGGACGACUACCCGUACAACGAAUUCAAGCCCUCGUUUCCCGACGUCCAGUGGGAGCCUUACCAGCCCAUCGAGCCCCCGACCGACCGUGGCCUGUUCGCCGACAAGGAGAAGAAGGCUCUGUUUGGGGCGGCCACCUCUGUCAAGGACCUCACCAAGACGAUCGGCACCGAGAUCGAGGGCAUCAAGCUUGGCAGCCUGACGGACAAGCAAAAGGACGAGCUGGCCCUGCUCGUCGCUGAGCGCGGCGUCGUCUUCUUCCGCGACCAGCACGACUGGACCAUCGAGCAGCAGCUCGACCUCGGAAGGUACUGGGGCCCCGUCCACAAGCACGCCACCACCGGCGUCCCCGCCCGCGGCGACCUCGACGAGGUCCACGUCGUCUACUCGCACCCGGACCAGAAGCUCACGCCGGAAGCCAAAAUCUACCGUGGUCCGAGUCAGCACAACAGGACGGAGCUUUGGCACUCGGACGUCACCUACGAGCUCAACCCGCCCAGCUACACGAGCUUCAAGCUGCUCGUGAGCCCAGAAGCGGGUGGCGACACGCUGUGGCAGAGCGGCUACGCGGCCUACGACCGCCUGUCGUACCCGAUGCGCGAGUACCUCGAGAACCUGUCGGCGGUGCACUCGGCCGUCGAUCAGGCCGAGGGUGCCCGGAGGUGGGGCAACGCGGUGCGCCGUGAGCCCAUCGAGACCGAGCAUCCGCUGGUCCGCGUGCACCCGGUGACGGGCUUCAAGUCGCUCUUCUUCAACCCGGGCUUUGUGCGCUACAUCGUCGGCAUCCCCAAGGCCGAGUCCGACUACCUCGUCUCGUUCCUCAGCCAGCACGUCGCCACCGCCACUGACUUUUCGGUGCGCUUCAAGUGGAACGCGGGCGAUGUGGCCAUCUGGGACAACCGCACCAACAACCACACGGCCGUCAUCGAGGACAUUGGCGUCUCGCGCCGCCACGCCGUCCGCGUCGCCGUCCGCGGUGAGAUCCCGAGGGACAGCGCCGAAGGCAAGAGCCGCGAGGAGGAAUUCUUCCGCCAGCGCGGCUACAAGGUCGACCGCAACGUCCAAAAGGGCCAGCGCCGCCAGGCCGGCUACAAAGACUAG